GAUUUUCUUGUUUGCUAUUCUUUGCCAACAAAUGUAUAUGUGGUUCAAACUCUCCUAUAUAAACCCCUCAUCACAAGUAUUCUUCAAAAAAGAGAAAACGAGAAAGAGAUCAGCUUACAAACUUGAUUAGAAUAUUACCAUGGUUUCUUUUCAAACACCUAAUUUCCCACUUAAUCAAAGAAAAACAACCUUGCAUAAUGAGAAUUCAUCAGUCGUUUCAUUAUCAAAGAAGAGAAGGUUGGAAGAAAUAGUAGUAGAUGAUAAAGAUCAGAUGAAUUUCGAGAAAGGAUCGAAUAAGAAGAUGGCUAAAGUUGUCGACAAAACAAACUUAUUCCGAUAUGAUACUGAAAAUCCUUUACCAUCGGAAUGGCAACGUUGCCUUGAUAUUCAGUCGGGAGAAAUACACUUCUACAACACGAGAACCCAUAAGAGAACUUGCAAGGAUCCAAGACUAUUAUUAUCAACAAGUCCGAAAAAGAAUCCAGAUCACAUGGGUUUAGAUUUGGAACUUAAUCUAGGGUAUGAAUCAUCAGUUGAAACCCAUGUAGACGAUACUCCAACUGAUAACUUGAUGUCUUCACGCGAGAUUUACGAUGCCAAAACCAAAGACAAACCAACAAGAAGCUUGGGUGGUUCAUCGAAUUGGUUAUCAGUCGAGGUGGAUCACAGAGAAAUGGUGGCAGCCGUUUGUAUGAGUUGCCAUAUGCUGGUUAUGUUUUGUAAAUCUUCUCCUUCUUGCCCUAACUGUAGAUUCAUGCAUCCUUUAGAGCAAAUUCCUUCAGCAGGUACUAGUCUGAGCAAGCCUAGGCUAAGGUUCUCGCACUGUAAAGAUGGAUCGAGGCUGAAUAAUGUCAAUUUCAUGAAACUCUAGGUUUCUUUCUGUGUACUGCAUGGUAAAUGUUAUGUACUUUCAACUGUUUUUAACUUCAGUCUCGUCGGUCUGACAUCUCUGUAAAUUAUCUUUUCUUUAAAUAGACGUUAUAUUUCCCUUUCUUC